AUGGGGCCCCCAAAGGGCCCCCUUGGGGGCCCCCUUGGGGACCCCCUUGGGGGCCCCCCUGAGGCUCCAGAGGGGCCCCCUGGGGGCCCCCCUGGGUACUGUGGGGCUGAGAGUUUGUUGAGGGAAGUGGAAGAAAGAGACAAGAAGCUUUUUGGAGUUGUGACGCAUGCAAGGGCCCCCAAUAAACCCUAUUUGUACCCUCCAGGACUUUUUUUAAAUCGACAGAAGCCCCCUCCAGCCUUUAGACCCAGGGCCCCCGACCCCUGGGACCACUUGGGGGCCCCCCAGGGAGGGGCCCCCUGCUUUCAGCAGCCGGAGGGGCCCCCCAAGGCCCCGGGGGCCCCCAAAACGCAGCCGGGGCGGCAGGGGAGGGGCCCCGAGGCCCCCUGGGGAGAAGGGUUCUUGGAAAAAAAAACAAAACCAAAAAGACCUCCAAGUAAACCCUUAAGUCUUUACACUUUGCCGGGAGAUGCAGCCUUUGGGCCCCACACCCACUGCAGGGCAUUACAGCCUUUCGAGGCCCUCCCUUUUGACGAGUACUUGGGGGGCCCCGGGGGCCCCUGGGGCCCCGGGGGCCCCCUGCGGACCCCGGGAGGACCCCUGGGGGCCCCCGGGGAGCCCCCCGGAGAGCAAAGACGCCGCUCAGGGGGGCCCCCCUGGGGCCCCCGGGGGGCCCCUGGAAGCCCCCGGUUCCCUUGGUGGGGGGGCCCCCAGUGCCGCGGGGGGGCCCCCCUUACUCAUGAAGAACAAGAAGGUCUUUGGGAAUUUGGAGUUGACUUUAGAGAAACUGAAGAACUCUUUGGGAGGCAGUUUUGGAUGUCUCAUGAGAGAGAAAGGUCCAAACGGCUGCGCCAUUUGCUGCAGAAGGGCCUCGCCGUCUUUGCUGCGGACCUCGAAGCCGAGGAAUUCGCAGCAGAUUGUAAAAAGUAUUUAGAAGGGUCCAGGGGGCCCCCCGGGGGGCCACCCCAGCAGCACGCAAGCUGCAAACCAGCAGCAGCAGCAGCAGCAGCAGCAGCACGAGCGUGGGAAGACAGCAGCGCUGCUUUUGAGGGCCCCCUGGGGGAAGCCCCUGGGGGGCCCCUUAGAAGACACGGAAAGUACCCCCGGGGGACCCCUCGGGGGGCCUCCCAUGGGGCCCCCCGAGGGGGCCCACCAGAGCAGCGGGGGCCCCCUGUACCCUGGUCUUAUUACUUUGAAAUUGGUAAUGCAUUUGAAGGAGCUGCUGAAGACUCAAAUGAAGAAAAAGAAUUUGAAGAGACACAAAAGGAGACACAAGAGCCCGAUGACCCUAGGCUACAGAGCAUUCUGGAGACCGAAACAGUCAGGCUCUACGAGGCAGCCACAGGCAAACUCCCUUCCAUCUUCGGGGGCCUCCGCAAGAAGGAAAAGCACCCCAAGGACAUAACUGUCCCCUUUAAUCGUCUGAAAGCUUAUGGCCAGAAGAUCGACUCCAUCACUUCUUGCAGAAAGCUGCAAGAUGAGGUGAUGCAGGAGCUGCUGGGCCCGUGCGGCGGCAGCAGCAGCAGCAGCAAGCCGCUGCAGCACAUGCCUCCGCCCAAGGGCGUGCGCAGCAACCCGAACUAUUUGCUGACUCCCGAAAAGAUUCAAAGAGCAGCAGCAAAGUUGCAUGUAGACGUAGCAGCAGCAGCAGCAGCAGAUCCUUUCGCCCCAAUCGAGAGACGCAGAAGGGCCCUUCCAGCCGAACCCACCCGCAUCCUCGGCGGCGGCAGAUACGCCGUUUGA